GUAUGGAGCAGACACACAGUAAUUUUUCGGGCAGACGAUGCCGAUUUCUAUAAGGUAGAUACAAUUCAUCAGUCGAUUUUAACCAUCGAACGUAUGGUCAUUGUAUAGACAGCCAGAGAAGACGAGAUUAAAUAGCGCGAACAAGCUUUGAACAGGAGACCAUAUAAGAUUACACAGUAGGGGAUACAAAGGUCUGCAAAGAUUUGUUCCGGUAGCAUGGAAUUGUACUGGACACUGCUGUUGGUACCUUCAAAAGUAGUAACGUGUUGAACUGUAGAUUAGAGAUAGGAAUGAAGUCUCUGCCAUGAUAAAUAUAUAUCGCCGAGAUGGAAAUCUGAUCGGUAAUCCAUCUUGAGGGCUGGUGUCACCGCAGGAUGGUUUAUAACAUCGUGCUGUAUUUCAAACUUUAACUUGAAGCAGACGAUACGUAUUUUGACUGAGGAAACGAUACAUGGAAUGAAAUGACACGUGUGUUUUAUCACGAGAGCAGAAAUUGUGAUAACGGAAGUGAUGUUUCCAAACUUUUACUGUAAGACGAAUUUAAAUAUUCUGAGCAGACGACAUCGAUGACGCAGACGAACGGAUUCAACGUGAACCUUAUAGCUGGGAGAUACACGGAGUCCGCAGAUACCCGAAGACAUACUUCAGAAGGUUUCCAUGGUGACAGCAUGACGGAGUCGCUAUGUAACGUCAGUGACACAUGUGACGUGGAGCUCGAUUUCGAUGACGUCAUCAGCACAGCCGGGCUCAGCGCAGCGCUAUCAUACUUCGCCGUAGUGUUUCUGCUAUCGCUGCUAUGUAACGGCACUAUCUGUGUUGUGUUCCACAAGAGGCCACAGCUCCUUACAGUGUCCAAUAGCUUUGUGCUGAACCUCACCUGUUGUCAACUUGGACUGUCGAUCUUAAUUAUGCCGUUCUUGAUGCUCUCCCUUGUCUCCCGGAAGUGGGUAAUGGGCGACAUCUGGUGUCGAAUCCAGGCGUACCUCCUGACGGUGCUAGUCAUCGCCCUGCAGUAUUCCCUUCUCGUCAUCUCCGUGGACCGCAACUACGCCAUCAUCAACUCCCUCCGCUACCCCUACGUCUUCUCCCCUCGUCUCGGCAACCUCCUCAUCGCUGUCACCUGGCUACUAGGCUUCGCCAUCGGCAUGCCGCCAUUGUUUACAUACGGGGAACUCUCCUAUCAGCGUACCCAGUUCGUGUGUGGAAAUACCUGGGAGUCAGAGAGCAAAUACAGCGUGUUCUUUAUCCUAGCCGCAUUCCUCUUGCCGUUUAUUGUUCAGACGUGUUGUUAUUUAAGCAUUUUUAAAGCAGCAAUCAAACAUACUAAAGCAGCUAAUAGGGUUUAUCCAUCUGUAGGAAGCACAAGCGCCACCCAGGAUAUUUCCAUGGUGGCGGCCAUUGAAAUUGAUGACGUCACGUCACGUGUUCACAUGCCGAGAUCUCGAAGGACAGAGUGUAAAGCGGUAAAAACGAUUCUUAUCAUCUACGGCUCCUAUGUUAUUUCGUGGACGUUUUUCAUCAUCACGGGCCUCAUGAAAGCAUUUGGCGCGCAAACGUCUGCCUACUUGGACAUGACGGGAAUUUGUCUCGUGUUUCUAUCUUGUGCCAUCAAUCCAGUCAUUUAUGCCUUCAUGAACAGACUUACUCGUAAUGAGAUUUGGAAAUACUUCUCGCGUGCGGCACAAAGGUCCGUGGGUCGGGAACCAACUGUCAUGGAAAGUGAGGAAUUCUACUCGACGACUCUCUCCACCAACUUCUCAUCAAGUAGGCACACAUCCGGGACGUUUGUACCUGUCGCCAGGGGGCGCUCUAACAGCAUCAAAGUGGCAUGUGCCAGACGUGGAGACAUGCUUACGAUUCACGAAGUCUCUGAAACAGACGAUGAACUAAUAACUGCUUGUGCGUUAAACGAAUCCUCCAAAAUACAACCCAAAUCGACCGCCACUAAAUCAGUGAAACACAGCUCUGACGAGGUGUUACUUCGACCGUCCAAUUUCAGCAAAAUGUCUUUCAGACGUUGCCAUAGCAACGAUGAUAUGUCUCGAACUGUUCUAAAAAAUGUCAAUGGGAAAAUAGUUCCGACAGUAAAGAGACAUAUUAACAACACUCCGAAGGCUUCUCAAUCCAGAGACCAACGUCGGUUAUUAGUGAGGUCCCAAUCAUUUGCUAGCGGUCUGUCAGGGAACAGUUUACAGGCUGCUCUCGCGAAGGCGAUCAAACUCAGGACGGCUUUAACUAUAGGUAUUGGCGACGGUGUGUUAACCAAUGGCAAGAGUCCGGGGAAGGGCGUCCCAGGUCGCCGACAGCAGAAUGUGAUCACGUCAUUGGCGUCAGUUGAUGAAAUCUUGUGAUGUCCAAAAAUACAGGUUGUUGUUUUUAGUA